GUGUACUGGGUCGAAUUGGAGAGUUGGAACUUCGAGAUCCGAAAUCAUGCUUGUUGUUUGAUUGUUGAAGAAGCACAAGCAAACUGCUUUCUAUUUAUACUCUGAGAAUUUUCUUAUCAGAACUUUAUCAAGUUUAUCUCCCAUUGUUCACGAAUUCAUUUUCUUUAUUAUCACAAGAACAAUGAGUUUUUUAUGCAUGAUUAUCCGCACAAUGGCGUUCCUGCCUAAAACUCAUUGUUUGAGGCGAAAUAUUUGAAGGACAAUGAAUCGAACCAGAAAAAGCCAUAAAUACGAUUUUGAUCAUAUUUAAACAGAAAUGUCCCUGGUAGCAAUCCCAAUAAUAUCUAUAAUAGCAGUCAUUAUAACGAUUCUCCCUUGCUCGUGGCAUUAUCGAGUCGGCAAUACCAACAUUCUUAUACUUACAGUAUGGAUUAUUGGCGUCAAUUUUAUCUACUUCAUCAACUCUAUCAUCUGGCAUGACAAUGUGGACAUACAUACUCCCGUCUGGUGUGAUAUCACGACGAAAUUGGUUAUUGGCGCAAACAUCGCAAUUCCGGCUACCGCCGCUUGUCUUCUACGCAACUUAUCUGGUAUAGCUACAGCGUCCGUUGUCAGCACCUCACGAAAGGAUAUGAGAAAAAAAUUAUAUCUUGAUCUGACUUACGGUGUAGUAGUUCCUAUCAUCUACAUGGCUUUACAUGUGGUCAUUCAAGAUCGUCGGUUUAACAUUAUUGAGGGUAUAGGUUGUAUGCCAGUCAUUUGGCCUUCCUGGCUUUCUCUUGUUCAUACGUCCCUCCUUCCUUUCAUAUGCGCAAUAGUAGCGGCUUAUUAUUCAUUUAAGACUUUCAGGGCGUUCUACAAAUAUCGAGAAACUUUCAUGGACUUGUUUAAAAUGAAGAAGUACGGGUUGACGAAAAGUAAAUUUAUCAGACUGAUAGGCCUUGCUAUGACGAUUUUUAUUCUCACCAUCGUUGCUGCAGUAGUACAAUUAGUCGUCAACCUUCAAGCAAACAGUGGACGGCUAUUGCCUUACAAGAGCUGGGACCAAGUUCAUGUCUAUUUUUCAAAGAUUUACCAGGUAAAACUUUCCGAACUAAACGAACAUCAGUUAGGUGCGAACAUAGCAAGCUGGUUAUUGCCAAUCAUAACAGCUAUUAUUUUCUUUUUUUUCUUCGGAUUUGCUGAAGAAUCCCGGAAAGAGUACGUCCGUUGCUUACUCUUUUGCUUUCCAUUCCUCAGAGCAAGACUUCAACGAUCAACUAUUCCAAACAAUGGUCAUGUGUCAACUAUCUCCUCCUCACCAAGCCAAGACUACGAUGACUUUGAUAAGCUGAAAGACUGUAGUAGGGGUCAAUCUGAAGAAUACGAGCUUCCUGUUCUGAGAGCCUCAUAUUUAGAAAGCAGAAAACCAACAUAGAAAAUCACAUUAUUAA